GCAGAAAUUUGUGCAUAAAGGGGAUUUACUAUCAUUAAUAAGACCAUUGUUAAUGAUCUUAAUAAUCUAAGGGUCAUUGAUUACCUAAAUUAGUGAUCAUUAAUAGGUGAUCUCCAAAAAGGGUUCAUGAGAAAGUGGUUAAGAAUUACAGAAGAAGGCUGGGGUUGUGGCUCAGUGGUUGAGUGCUUGCCUCGCAUAUUUGAGGCACUGGAUUCAAUCCUCAGCACCACAUAAAAAUAAACAAACAAAAAAAGAAUUACAGAGACCCAUAUAUGUGUCUCCUGCAGGCUGUGCCAUAAAAUUGAGUAAUUUCACAUUCUUUGAGUGACAUGCACAUAUAUAUGGAUGAGUGCAUACAAGUUCAAAUGUACAUAUAGGUAUGUAUAUGUAAAGAAGGAGAAGAUUCUAAAGAAAUCCACAAAACUCUUUUCCUGCUGUUAUCAUCCCAGAUGGUGGGAUGGGGUAUUUAACUUUCAUCUUCCUACUUUCCUGUAUUUUUCAAAUUUUAUACAACUAUCUUUUAUGAUUGGCACUUCUUCCAACUGCAGAAAGAGGACAAAGCAGGAGAGGUAUCAGGUGGAGGUGCUCAGUGCAGAGGGUUAUUAUACAAUAGAAAAAGUUUUUAAAGAGAAAGAACUGCCUCUUCUGCUCUUGACUAGAGAGUGCAAACAUAGGAUGCUCUUCUGCCCGAGUGGGAUAGUUCUGAAUGGGAAAUGGAUUAGAUUUAUCUGCUGAACUACACGACCCUCUUCUCAACUUCACCUGUUAAUGCUUUUCUGUUGAAGUUUCCAGUGCUGAGGGAAACUGGGCGCCUGAGCCCUUGGACUCCAUGGGAGACUCAUCGUUGGGCAGCAGCCCUGACGUGGAGCAGUGUGUUUUGGAAUCCUCAUCCAACCAGAGCCUCUCUGUGGGCUAUUUCCCCCAUGAUGACGGUAUUGACUGUGAGGACAUCAUACCUUGUGAAGAGCUGACUUCUGAGGGUCCCUCCUGCCACGUGCUGCCUCCUGUCCAAGGGGCAUGGGGAAGCGAAAGUGUAAUUAAACCUGUGGAGAGACAAAAUCCAAUUCAGGAGAACCCAGAGAAGCCUGGCGAAGAAGCCAUCCUCGAGGUCUUGGAUGCCUAUCUGGAGUGGCACCAGGAAGACUCGGGAGCUAAUGGGACUCCCAAGGAAGACUCCCAGAGGAUGGACGAGUGCCCACAGGAGAGCAUAAACCAGACCCUCUGGGACGUGGAUGAGCUCAUGAAAGAUCUGGAGGCAUUUAUGGAGAGUCAGAAGGUUGACCAAGACCAUGGCUCUGAGCUGUUCGAUUCUCCUCCUGCGGAGGAUCUCCAGCCGUGCACCAGUGCCUCUUCCGAUAUGGAUCAGGUCAGUGACCAAGAAUCUGAAGCUUGUGAGGACUUGCCCAAGUGUGACCCACCAGAAAACGGAGACAUGGACCAGUUCCCAGAAAUGCCUCCUGAGCUUGAGGACGACGAAAUUGUUGAGAUGGAAAGCCAGGAGAUCUGCACUGCAGAGACCUCAGUCUCCUCAGAGCCGUCCAAGGAGGAGGACGGGCCUUCAGAGGAAGAAAACACGUGCUGUCUGAACUUGAGCUUAGGCUUCAAGUGGCUCAGGAAGCGAGUGGUCUCUGCCCUGACAGGGAGAAAUCGCCCCCGGAGGGCCAACAACAGCUCCAUUCUGCUGUCAAUAAGGAGAAGACAUUUAUUUGGAGGCAAUAAAGUCCAUCCUCAAGAAUCCCUCUAGUUAGGACCCCCUGUCUACCCAGAAUUCUAAUCAUUUUCAUAGUUCCUUCUGUACAGUUACCAUGGUUUUAUGUUUCCCAAUAAACACAACAAAUGUUCUUGUUAUCCA